ACCUCGAAGCAUUUUGAACGCCCAUAGUAAAUUGAAGUAACCAAAUACAUGUCAUCAUCAUCAUUGGUCAGCAUCACUGGCAACGACCUCAACUUUACACGGCGAUGAGCACACCGAGAUUUGCACUUUUGGUGUCGACAUGCUUGAGACAUGCUGCAGACACUUAUAUGCGCUCAGGGAUAAUCUCAACACCGAUAACAAGAUUGAGGACUGGCUCCACCUUGCACAAAACGCGGUCGUUCACAUCCUCCUCAAUCGUGCAUGCAGUUCCCCCAGCACCUGUCCAUGUUCCAAAAUCCACUGCGUUUAUAUCUUCUGCUCCGACUCCGGAUGAACUAAAAGCACAGGAGCUUGACUUAGACAUAAUACCCGAAGAAAAUAUCAAGCUAGAGCUUACAAACAGAGCUGCCGAGCAACUGAAAUCUAUAACUACGCGGGAACACUCACCUAGUGCAGGCCUACGCAUUGCAGUGGAGUCGGGAGGAUGCCACGGUUACCAGUACACAAUGGAGCUUGCUUCUGAGCGAAAUACAGAAGACUACCACUUCACACAUCCUGCUAUUAUUCCCUCAAAUAUCUAUAUUGACGCUGUCUCCCUCGGACUUCUCAACGGCUCAACAAUAGAUUUCGCUACCGAGCUGAUAGGGAGCUCGUUUCGUAUUGUGGCGAACCCACAGGCGAAGGGUGGAUGUGGCUGCGGGAUUAGCUGGGAGAUGAAAGAUUAAACUUUUAUGAGAACACGGUUACCAAGCAAGGAUAUGACGUACUAAUGUAACUCACGGCUCUUAUAUAUGCAUCAUCAUAUCACCAUCUACUUAGUUUGCUGUACGGUGCGUACCACCGCGCCCGGGACAACUUCUGUGAUACCUGAUGGUGGGAUAAAAAUC